UUCUUUCAACUUGAUGCUAUACGCACACGCAUACUCGCAACAUGUGCUAAUUUAUAGUUGCGAAUUGUAUUCUAUUAAAAUUUUUCAGGCAUCUAUUCUAUUAAAAUUUUUCAGGCAUAUCUAUUAGAAAUUUUACAGAAUAAUGAACAGAACGAUAGACAUAUAUAACAAAUAGUAUUGUUGACAUAUAGAAACAGAUCUUUUAAUGACAUAAAAAUAUAUAUUAGAAAUCCUUACAAAAAAAGGAAUAUGUAUAUACAAUCUUCAUAAAAAGAUUAUCACAAUAAUCCUCCACUUGAUAUAAUUAUAUAUUUAUAUGUAUAUAUACAUAUACAUGUGUGUCUUUAUUAUGUUUAUGUAUGGCAUAAAUGCAUUACGUAUAUACUGAACCAAGGAUAUAGAUAAUCAUGUUGGAGAACCAGUUAUUAUCAAACACGAUGAAUAGCGACAAUAAAGAUAAUAAUCUGAAUCCAGAAUCGGAACAUAAAUUGUUUAUAAAUUUGACUCCAUUGGAUAAUAGUAGAUUCUUUUUGAAACAACGAUUUAGAUCCAGAGUGCUCAGUAAAUCAGUUCCACUAAAAAAUACAAGUUUACUUCGCCAUAGAAUGAAUAGAUCCUUAAACUUUGAUAUUAUUAGUCCAAGGAAAGAUAAUUUAUUAAAAUAUUCAAGUUCAUAUUUAGACAUAGAUUCUUUUGAUGCAGGCAAAUCAUUGCGAGACUUAUCUAGAUCGGCUAAAAUAAUGAGAGCACUUAGUUUCAAUCGUGAUUCGUUUUACCACAGAAACAUGAAUAUAAAAAAGUCAUUGAAUUUUGGUUCAUCUCCAAGUCCACAGAAGACCAGUAAUUUUGAUAUGGGUUCUCCUGCUGAUUCAAUUACUGAUACAUCGUCAUCAUUAUUAGACAAAUCCUUGAGGCUUGAUUCAAGUUCAAGUGAUUCAGUCGCCAGCAGCAUGUUAGUUGCAUCUUUGGAGUCAAUUGAUGAAAAUCAGAAUCAAACGCCUCAACAAAAUCGAAAAAUUGCUAAAAUGUCGAGCAGUAAAAGGAUUAAUACAGAAGAAAAUAUGAACAGGUCAGGAUCAUCAUCCUGUUCUACAUCGUCGCUACGAAGCAAUCUCAAAGAAAAAAUCGACAACAUCGUACACAUAUCACAAACACCUGAUUUACAAUCCUUCAAGCGACAGAAUAGAUCAAGAGCACUUAGCUGUAAUAUAGUUGCAAGUACACCCAGGAAUUUGUCCCAGGAAUUCAAUCAGGAUGAACAUAACAGGUCACAUACACCUGACAACAUGAUGCAUUUAAUCCCAGAAAGUAUGAGUGCUAUCAAGAAGAGCCACAAAAAGGAGAAGAUAUAUGGUCAUGAAGAACGGUCAUUUACACAACAAAAAAAUGUUCCUGCCCAAAACAAAGACAUAUAUACAAAUUUGGAAUCAAUAGCAAUGGAUAUAUCCGAAAUUCCUAGCUGUAGUAAGGCUUCUGUAAAAGAAUCUCAUAAAAAAAACAAAACUGUUAAGAAAACACUUAUUUAUGAUUCAGACGAUGAACUUUCUGAGUCUAGAGUUAUUAAGCACAGUGCACAGCGAAAAACCUCGUCAAGGAAAAAGAAUUUUUUGAUGAACAUGUUGAACGAAAUAGAAGAUGAUAAAAUACAGGACAUGGAUUCGAGCGAUUGUGAGAGAUGUGAAGAAAAUAUGCAACAUAGAGACAGCACACAUCUCACAAAUUAUGACAAUAAAAAAGACCAUUCUGCGCAAAAUAUCUACGAUAAGAAUACAUGUCGGCCAUCCUCGCAAAAAGAAUCUUCAAGUAUUUGUAAUGUCAAUGUAAUGAAUGAGAACAGAGCAAUAUCUUCAGAACACAAUUCAACUGUUUCUCAAAAUUAUAAUAGAGCGACUACACCUGAAAAUAACAUAAAUAUUAUAGAGCAUAUAUUUACGGAAUCGAUUAAAAAAUCGCAUAAGAAGAUUAAACAUGAAAAUAGAAAAACUUCAUCAAAAGCCAAGAUUCUCUACCAGAAAAUAGAAACAGCACAAUCUGAAGUAUCAGUUCAAAAUAUUUUUAAUGAUGAUCAGUGUAAAGAUGUUAAAAAUGAAGCAACUGUUGCAGUUUGCGCCUUAAGCUCGCAGAAUGCUGAUCGGCCGAGCACACCUGAAAACAUUAAUUCAAGCAGACUCUUACUAUCUGAUUUUAAAUCAGUUAAAAAGUCACACAAAAAAGACAAGUACAGCAAAAGAAUUUCCGGUCUUGCUAAAUGCCAUAAAUAUCACCAUGAGUAUCGUAAAAAAUAUGACAAUUCAUUACAAGAUAAUAAAUAUGAAGAAAGAAAUACUAGUAAAACUUUACAUAGGAAUGAAUCAUUUGAGGUAAAUGAAUCUCUUGAUGUGUCACCCAAAAAGAAAAAAAAGUCGAUGAAUGUAUCCUUUGAAAACGGUGUACGCAAAUUAUUAUAUUCUUCCAAAUCACCAUCUUUGAGAUGUAACAAUACAAAUGAUGAAUUUAAAAUUUAUACUCCUACCAGAAAAGUAAUGUCAACAAGUCAGUUUACAGUUACAAAUAGUGUUUGUGCAGACGAAAUAUCGCAGGAACAUGAUAAACCUGCACAAAUUACAUCAAAAGAAAUCGAUUGUUUCAGAUGUACGACGCCAGUCGCACGUUGUUUAAAAAAACCAAGAGAAAGCGAAGAUCUUACAUAUGCUAACACUAAAAAACUUGAAAUUAAUACAUCUGUUUCGAGCGAUGGAUCAGCGGAUGUUGCAGAUCUGAAAGACAAAAAUGGUAGAUCAACUCCGAUAAAUAUGUCAACGACAGAAUUACUUUGUAAUAUAGAUUCUAUUAAAAAAUCACAUAAGAAAGAUAAGCAUAGUCGCGGUAUAUGCAAGAGACCAAUUUUGUGGAAGGAAGAAUCAUAUUCCGAAAAAACUAGAAAUGUUAAUUUUACAAGUAUGUUGAAACAACAUACGUCCUUAAAACUUAUGGAUGUUGAUAAUGAUUGUGCCAAAACGGGAACGUGCAGUAAUACGCGUGAUGAAGAGAAGGAGAAGAGCAAAUGCUAUGAAGAAAUUAUUUACAACGAUCUUCAACCAUCUACAAGCCGAGCAAGAGACUAUAUUGAUGUAAAAACCGCGAAAAAAUCAGAACUGAAUACAACACCUCCAAAUGAUUUAAACGCAACGAACUUUGUCAAGUUGUUGCAUACGAUUUCCAUUAAAAAAUCGCAUAAAAAGGAACGUGACUGUAACGCGCAAGCCAAGUACAUUUUGAUGAACAAGGAACCCGAAUUGUCUGAUGAUGGAUCAAUAUUUGACGAAGAGGAUAAAUUAAAUUUUACUGAAAACUAGACACACACAGAGAUAGUGAUAAUGAAAUAAUGUACAUAUAAACUAGAAUAAGAACUACUAAACUACUAUUUUGUUUGUGGACAAGAGAGUAAACCAUACAAGGGAAUUGAACAUUAUAUUUAUUUUGAAUUCUGUUAGUGCAUGUCUGUUUAUCUAUUUCGAUGAUAUCUUGUCAAAAUGUUUGUUCUAGUAAACUGAAUUAUUUUACAGGGAACAUUUUGUAUACUUUGCACUCUCUUACAUAUUUAAAAAUGUGUUAAACAACUAUAAAAUAUAGUUAUUUGCUAGUUAUCCUAGAAUUGUUUGUUCAUAUACUCGAACCAAGCCAACAAAUAAAUGAACAAAUAUAUUAUAUCUAUGAAUAUAGUAUAACUGAAAUAAAUAUAUAUAUAUAUACAUACAUUAAAAAGAGCAAUGAAUUGGUAUAUCUGGAGUGAAAGAUUCAAAUUAAUUAUAUAAUAAAAAAUAUAUAUAUAUACAUAUACAUAUAUGUAUACUUCACUAAUGCACUAACAGUAUUCGAAAUAUAUAUGCUAAUGCUGUUUAAUUCUCAGCAUUAUCUAUUCAAGGUGGAACAAUAGACUUAAUGUUCUUUCUUAGAUUAAUAUAUCUUUCUGACUUUCCUCUCUCUCUGUAUCGUUUUUAUGGAAUAUUUUUACUUAUGGAUUUUUAAGUCUGUUACAACACACUUGACUUCGAUAAUAUUAGUUUCUGUAGAUUUUAUAUAUUGCAUUUUUUGUUAUAUUUUCGUAUAUAAUUUAUAAAAAGAAAUACUUAAAAAAAAACACGCAAUUAUUUCAAUAAUAUUUGAAUGUUACGUGUGCAUUUGACAUUCGGUUUCAUACCAACCUUAGAGUAUAUUAGCUUAUAAUAGUUACAUAUAUUUAAACAAUUACACAUUAAACAUUAAAAAUUAUUCAUUAAGUAUUACAAUGGCAUUAAACAUGAACAAUGGUUAGGAUAUCUAAAUAGUUAGGAUAUU